UCAGGCCGUGGCAGUACUUACAAAAAAGACUUCAACGACGCUGAUCAUCCUAAUCUACUCCACUGCCCAUUUCCAGAUGAAAGUUGGAACCUGCUGAAGCACUAUUAUUUUUACAAUCUCAACGGAUUUUUUGUGAAAGAUAAAAGGAGAUUGAUCAACCAUAUUAGUCAUCCACACUCACUCAUUCUAUUUGAUACCUAGGCGUCCCUUCAUAACAAAUCAAUUUUCCUUCAUGAUCCCAUGAAGAAGACACAGCUGCUAUGUGAUGGAUGUGUCAGACCAAUCACGUCAGUGCCAUUUUACAAGUGUAGUGGUAGUAGUCCCCAACAUAAUAUUAAUGCUAAUGUAGAAAACCCAUCAUCAUCAUCAUCAUCAUCCUCCUGUGGUGGUUUUGUGCUCCAUGAGUGGUGUGCAAAGCUACCCUCUCAACUACAUGACCACCCGGGCCAUCCACAGCACACGCUACUACUUCUACUGCCAAAAGCAAAGUUGGUCGUUGUAUUCGAUUGUGAAGUUUGCCGGUUACCCUCCAAUGGUUUUGCGUAUGGGUGCACAACGUGUGGAUAUUAUGUAGACAUCAAUUGCUCCCUCAUACCGGAGGAAAUCACUCAUGAAGCUCACCCCAACCAUCUGUUGCGAAGAAUCAAGGGUUCAGACAUCCCAUCAGAUGAGUAUUGCAAGGCAUGUUGGUUCCAGAUGAAAUUUGGAUGGGGUUUCCAUUGUCCCUCUUGUGAUUUCUACAUCCAUACAAGGUGUGCUUUGUUAUUGCCUCGACAAGUCCGGCACAAGUACGACAAACAUCCGUUGAGUCUAAGAUACGGUCUGGUCGAGAACCAUCCGCAAGAAUACUUUUGUGAGAUUUGCGAGGAUAGAAUAUACUCAUUUAACUCGAGACAGUGGUUCUAUCAUUGCACUACAUGUGCCUGGUCCAUGCAUGCAGCUUGUGUUCCCUUAAUUCUACAAAGUGAACAAGCUGUUUAUUCCGAGUAUCCGCUAUGUGUCUUUCUCUUUCUGAAUGUUAAGUUUGGGGGAAAGGUUGAAAUCCAAAGUCUGCACCGACACUCUCUGGCCUUUGUACAAGGGAUUGAAAGUGAUGGUCAAUGCAGUAUGUGUCAUCAGCAAUUGCAGUACAGGAUGAUUCUCAACUGCUUGGAGUGCCAUCAGUUUGCGAUUCAUUAUGAGUGUGCGGCUCGUUAACUAGCCCAUUAAUUAGUUGACCAUGUAUAUACAUUUCUUAUUUCCAUGUACAAUUAAUCUUUUACCAAUAAAUAAGAUUAUUUCAUAUCU